UUGACUUGAUCGUGGGUAACUCAAGGGAACACUUCUAACUUCCCAUUACCCCGCUAAAAAUUUGAAUCCAACUGCCAUAACCUCACCCACCUUCUGCAUAAAUAACCGUGCCUUUUUCCCACUUCUACACACUUCCAAUUUUCUUGAAAUUUUCUCUUUCCAAAAAAAAUCCCCAAAUUGAUUUCUUGAAUUUCUUCGGUGCUUCAAGCUUGCGGAUUCCAACCGACUUUGACAGGGUUUUGGAAAGAGGUGAGAGUAAAGUUGUUGGUGAUAUGGCGGACAAUGAUGAUCCUCCUAGUGAUUUUGUGGAGGAAGAUGUGGCAUCCUCUGUUGCCUUGGCGGGGAUGUCAGAGUGUACAGUAGUGCAGGUUCCUUCCAAGACAAAGAGGCCGGAAGAUUUCCCUUUCAGGACACAUUGUAAUGUACGAGUACCCUUUUAAAUUGGGGUACGACUUUCACUUUGGUUCCUUGUCGCGAACCUUGAUGGGAGUCUUGGAAGUCCAUGACAGGUGAGCCUCAAUUUUGGAGGAUAACUCACAUCAUCCAAAAGGUGACUAAAGAUUGGAGCGAAUCUUUCGACCUGUCAGAUCUAGUUCAUGCCUAUAAAUAGCAAAUCACUAAGAAGAAUAGGUGUACCUUAGUACUGAAGAGGGGUAAUCCUGCUUUGGUGGAGAGAGCUGGGAAGGUGUAUAAUCACGGUUGGAAGUCACGUUACUUGUUUACUGACAAGGAAUCUUUGGGAGAAGAAGCUAGCUGGAUGCGUUGUGGUUGGCGCGACGGAGAAAUUGACGUAGUUGUCGGGACUCUUAGGAGAAGAAGUCUGUGCAAAGUGGAGGUUGUGCUAAGCAUCGUUAAAGAGGAUCGGACAUUUGUGCGCCCUGUCAUAGUUAAGGGGGUCGAAGAAGAAGAAGGCGACGAGCAGGAGAUGGCAUCUGAGACACAAUCUGGUAAGACUAAGAGGACAGUGAUGUCCUUUGAAGAAAUGGUGGCACGCGCGUCCAAGAAGAAGAAACAGUCUUCUUCUGAAGAGGAGGAGGUUAGGGUGUUGUAUAUUAGGCCCCUUCAAAUACGUAGCUCCCCUUGUGGCAAGGAAAUUCCACCCAAAGCUUCUAAGGACGCUGAUUACGUGGUGAAGGUGCCUACUGAUUUUCUCUCAGGCGCUGCUAUGUCAUCUUCCCUCUAGCCUGCCGCUGAGAGGUUGUUGUUUCCUGGUGCGGAGAAGUGUUUGGAGAAGAUGACCCCUGCUAGCAUUGUUAGUAAGGCAGUGUCACUCUAACUUAAUGUAACAUCUUCUCUGCGUUGCUUUGAUUUUUGACUACUUGGUGCUUUGUCGCGCGAUUUUUUUGAUUGUCUCUGUUUUGCAGGCUUUGCAAGAUAUGUUGGUUGUACGUGGACACUUCAUCUCUAGUGAGAAAGAGGUGAACGGGCUUCGCGCUACUGUUGGUACUAUUAGGCAUCAACUUCGCGUUGCCGAAGGGGAGGCGACCAAGCUGAAGAAGUCUUUGGGAGAGAGGGAGAAGCAGGUUUCUGGGCUGAAUGCUUCGCUGGAGGAGAAAGGCAAACAGGUCUCUGAACUAGAGGCAUCCUUGGCUGAAGUUCGUGAAGAUGCGCAGAAUUCUAAGUGUCUCGACCAACUGACUGCUUGUGCCAAACUGUUGAAGCGUUUCCUUGACGGUCGUUUGACCACUAAGGAUGCUCGGAAGGAGGUGGACAUCUUUCUAGCAUCUCUUGGCACUGAGGCUGAUUUAGCUUAUGAUGUCGAGGCUCCUGAAGAGGAUGUCAACUCCACAUCAGAUUCUCAAGAGAAGGUCGAUGAUGCAGCUCCUGGUGCUAAGACCGUUGACACUACUGUCGAGAUUGUUGCUGAAGUCGCUGCUAGGGUUGAUGCUUCUGCUGGUGAUGAAGUUAAUGCUGAUGAUGCUUAACAGUUGUUAUCUCUGCCUUUUGUUGAAUUGUUGAAUCUUCUUAUGUCUUGAACUGUUUCUGUUUUCAUGUACUCUUUACUGAUUGUCGUGGGACGAUCAGGUUAUGUUUUGCUUUCUAAGUACUUUGAACAAUCUGUUUAUUUUGUGGCUUUUGCUGGCUGUAGCGUGACAGCCAGUCUUUAUUUUAUGAAUCCUGCAAGAACUUUGUG